UUGGAGAGACAAGCAUAACGAAAGAAAAAAAAAUCUCAUUUUCAACACGACAGUCAAUUUGAAAAAUCAAAUCAAGCAGCAAAGAAAGUAGUAACGCUGUUUCUUAGAAUCAUCAAUUACAAUAUCAUUCAUCACAUCCAAUAUAACUACUAGUAUGAGUUUAGAAAUAAGUUACGAUUCCAAAACCAAAAAGCUUUUGCUUCCAAAGGAUGCUGAAAUCAUUUCUCCUGAAGUUAAAAACGAUAUAGAUCAAUUAAAUUCCCUUACACAUGAAAUAAUAGCGAAUGGAUCAGAUGUUCCACCAGUUCCAACUCCAGAAAAUUUUAAUAAAGAUAUGAGUAAAAUGAUUAGAAAAUUAUAUGAAACUGGAGUUCAAGCUUUUAAAAGUGGUAAAUUUGAAGAUUCAGCUAAACAAUUCUCUAUUGGGAUUGAAAUGAUUUCUAGAAGACAUAAAUUUGAAUCAUUCCAAGGUACUUUACAAGAACUUAGUUUGUUUCUUAUGAGUCGAGCUGAUGCUAAUUUAAAAGCCAAACAAUAUUUAAAGGCUUUUAAUGAUGCUGAUAUGUUAAUUGGAAUGAUGAUGAAUACUCCAGAGAAUUUCUUAAGAAGAGGUGUCUCCAAUUACUUUUUAGGUAAUUAUGAAGCUGCUAGAGCUGAUUAUCAAAGAGGUUUAUCAUUUGAUGAAAAUAAUGAAAGAUUACAAACUGAAUUAAAUAUUGUAUUGGAUAAAAUCUUAGAAGAAAAUGGUGAUUAUCUUUAAUCAGUUGGUGGAGUAAUUACAAAAAGUAGUAUCAUAUUAUAUAGGUGGUUAUAUGACUAUAUAUGUAUAAAUAUGUGUUUAAAAUAUAGGUUAACCAAACUAAACUAAAAAUAUGUGCCGUACAUUCAUCAUAUACGAUACUAAGACCCUAACCAACGUCUAAAACCGGAAGGGAUGGUGGAGCUUCCACCAUCCAUUACCCCUAUA